AUUGCCUCAUCUGAGCCAUCAAUGUGACUGUAAAAAUAUAUACCCAUAUCGAAGCAAUGGCGCCUCCAACCCCCAAUCCUGCUAGCAGCGCCAGCACCAACAAACGCCGCCGUCUCAACGACGCGGCAUCUACCCUCUCCAAGCCGUUCAAGUCCCCGCUGCGCAGACCAGCAGCACCAGCACCAGCACCAGCAGCAGCAGCUACGACAACACCAGCCACAGACACAGAGGCAGCUACAGCCACAGUCCCAAAUAAAUCCUCAACUGCAGCAACACCAACCAAUCCAACCACAACCACAGCCGCAACCGCAACCGCAACCGCAACCGCAAACUCAGACACCAAUACAAAUACAAAUACAAAUACAAACCCAGACCCUCAACCAUCCACCCCCUUCACCCCCAAACCGACACUGAAACAUACACCCCACCCCAAACCUGACUCCCCUCUCACCCCGGACCCGCUAAGAAUAACCCACCAAACCCUCCAGAGAAACCUCAUCCAACUGCGCCGCACCCUCGAAACCAUCACGCAGGCGCAUCGCCUGGAGAGCUCCUCCACGGACGCGGACCUCGAGGCCCUGAUUGCCAAGUGGAGGGGGGAAAGGGAGAGGGUGAGAGAACGAGAGAGAGAGACGGGGGGGUAUGGCUCUGACUUUGAUUAUGGGAGGGAUUGUGAGGGAGGUGGGGAUGGGGAUCAUGAUGCGAAGAAGGGGAAAGGGGUGAAAGAUAAGGAUGAGGAUGAGGAUGAGGAAUUUACUAUGGAUAUGAUGUUGAAGAUGAUGAAUAUUGAUUUGAAGGUUAUUGGGUGGGAGGGGGGUGGAUGGUUACGCUGGUGUCUGAGGUGA